AACCCUACUUUCCUCUCUCUCGACGCCAACCCUAAACCUAGUUUCGCCCUCCCCCCGCCCUCUCUCUCUCUCUCUCUCUCUCUCUCUCUCUCUCUCUCUCAGGCGAUAUGGGUUCGAAAUCGAACGAUUCGAAGACGGGCGAAGGAGCGAGCCCAGGGAAGAUUUUCAUCGGAGGUCUUGCAAAAGAUACGAGCAUGGCUACAUUCACAAAGCAUUUUGGCAAAUAUGGAGAAAUAACGGAUUCCGUGAUAAUGAAAGAUCGUUAUACGGGGCAGCCAAGAGGGUUUGGGUUCAUAACUUAUGCAGAUCCCUCUGUUGUUGACAAAGUGAUCGAGGAAACCCAUGUUAUCAAUGGUAAACAAGUUGAAAUCAAAAGGACUAUCCCGAAAGGGUCUGUACAAUCGAAGGAUUUCAAAACAAAGAAGAUCUUUGUUGGCGGGAUUCCUUCUACGGUCACGGAAGAUGAGUUCAAGAAUUUCUUCUCCAAGUAUGGGAAAGUGGUGGAUCACCAGAUAAUUCGCGACCAUGCGACCAGUCGUUCCCGAGGCUUUGGUUUUAUAAUCUUUGACAGUGAAGAAGUUGUAGAUGAAAUGUUAACCAAGGGCAAUAUGCUUGACCUUGCUGGUACUCAGGUGGAGAUCAAGAAGGCUGAACCAAAGAAACCCUCAAACCCACCUCCAUCGUCCUUUGGUAGCGACUAUAGGGCACGUCCUUUCAGUGAUGGUCUUGGUGGAUUUGGCGACUCAUUUGGUGGUUUUGGGGGUGGCAGCGGCGGCUUUGGCCCUGCUUCCUAUAGGACACCAGGAGGUCUCAGUGCUAGGCUCGGAGGUUAUGGCGGGUAUGAUGAUGGAGGUUUUGGCGGUGGAUAUGGAGGUUUUGGUGGAAGCGGCUUGGGGGGUUACAGAGGAGAAUCUUCCCUAGGCUACUCCAGUCGCCUUGGAUCAUAUGGUGGAGGAUUUGGCAGUAGUUAUAGCGGAGGAGGGGGUUUAGGCGGCUAUAGCCGAGGCGGCGAAGGCUAUGGGGGAUAUGGAGGUAGUUAUGAGUCUGGCCCAGGUGCCGGCUAUGGUGGAGGUGGGUUGUUUGGAAAUAGGGGAGGCUAUAGUGGGGGUGGCCGAUACCAUCCGUAUGCAAGGUAGAGAGAGAAAGGAGGCAAGUCUGUUGCAGGAUAAAGUGGUUAAGCUUUCUUCUAGGUGACGGCCGAUGGGUUUUUCUAGCUCCGUGGGAUCUUACAUCUCUCUCUCUCUCUCUCUCUCUAUCUAUCUAUCUAUAGACAUGCGGUCCGUGUAUGCUAGACGAGUCUAUUGAAAGGGGAGUUCAGGGAGUUCUGGUAGGUUUUCUGAUCUCGAUCAGAUUUCUUUUCAUUCCUUGUACUGUCUACCCAACUGAACUAGAUUAUUUCUAUUCUGUGUUUGCUGUAUUUGCUAGUUAUUAGAGAUGUUAGAUUUCCUUUUAUUUUAGCUUACUUUGUAGACUUCUAGUAUCUAGAUUCAGUGCCUACUUAAAUUCCCUUA